CCAACCACACUAUGCCGCCCACGCCCAGAGUCGACGCCACCGACUACCACUCUGGCCAGCACAGCGGCCGCAUGGUGCGCGUGACGGGCAAGCUGCUCAGCGUUGAGGGCGACCGCGCCCAGCUCGAGAUGUCGGGCGGCGGCGCGCCGGCGGCGGUGGUUUUCAACGACGCGAGCCUCGCGGCAGAGUUCGACGCGAGCCUCGUCGGGAGCGGGCACUUCGAGGUCAUUGGCACGCUGCAGGGGGACGCAACGCUGCAGGCGGCGCAGGUCGUCAACCCUGGGCACAAACUUCGACAUGGGCAUGUACGGAGAGAUGCUCUCCGUCUCGAAGCGAUUCCCACACAUGUUCGCCUAGGGCAU